GGCGUGGCAUCCAGCUGAGCGACGGUUGCCAUGGUGAAUCGGUUAGUUGGGGCGGCGCAGGGGAGUGACGUCACACGGCGGCCCUGGGAGCGGGGUUCAAAGACAGAAGACAGAGAGCGACAGCCGGGACAGUGAUCUCCUCCCUCUUUUCAUGGCUCUCCCUCACGCCUUCUCUCUCCAGGACGCUUCCCUCCUCAGCGGUAUAGAACCUUUCCCCCUGUCCUCUCCUCCAUCUCCCCAACACUCCCUCACCGAUCUGUCCUCUCCUCCACUUCUCCUUACUUCACCCUCUACGUCUCUCAGACGCGCCGUCUCCUCCGAGGUGACCGCUCAGCUCUACGCCUCAUUGAGACGCAGCCAAGAAGUGGAUGAAGAAGAAGAAACCACCGAGCAGAUCCAUAGAGGCUCAGCCCCGGGUUCUACCAUGACCUCCGAGGUGGAGGACCUGGCCCAUGAAUUGUCAAGGAGGCUCCAGGAGGGUGCGGAGGCAUCUGGGAAGAAGGAGACCUCUCCAUACAUCUACCAGAUGGAGUCGCUGCGGAGUCACCUGAAGAACAUGCUCACCCUAAGCAGCACAGUGACCUCGCAUGGGGAGGCCUCCGAAAAAAGACUGGAGCAAGAGAGCGACACCACAAGCACCCUGCUCAGUGCCCAUCUUGGCCAGGACCUCUCCCUGCCCAUGUCUCUGGCUGGUUUGGAGGGGCUCUUCCCCCGAUAUUCCACCCUGUAUAAUGCGCCUCUGCCCGACCUACAGCUCAGAGAAUCUCUGGAGAAGGAAACGGCGCGACGCAAGCACCUGGAACGUCACAUCCAGAACCUACAGAACGAGAUGCUGGAGCUCCAGCAGAGGGUGUCCGUGAUGUUGGCGGCCGACCGCAGGAAGGACAGUAUGAUCCAGCAGCUGGACCAGACUUUGGCCUUGGUAGUCGGAGGUUGGAAGCAGCAGGAACAUCAGAGAGAAGAAUCUGUGCGUCUUCUCAGACAGGAGAAGGAAGAGGCGGAACAGGCCCGGACCAGAGACCUAGAGUCUCUAACACAGGUGGAGCAACAACUGGCCAAGGCUCUGGAGUCAUUGGAGUGGGAGAAGAAUGCCACCAAGGAGCAGCAGAUAGAACUGCAGAGACUGGUCGAUGAGCAGACAGCUCGAGUAUGUCAGCUCCAGGCAGAACGGGAGGCCGAGGAGGAAGCCAGAGAGCAAGAAAGACUAGAGCUGGAGUCAUUGCGGCACCAUAUGGAGGAACAGCAGAGAUCCUGGGAGGAGCGGGAGAAGGAACUGCAGGAGGAAUGCAAACGGGCGCAAGAUAGGGGGACGAGGGAACUGCAGGAGGAAAAGGCUAUCUCCCAGCAGGAGAUCCAGAAGUCUCAGCAGUUACAGCUGGCCCUCGCCGCCCUGCAGGGAGAUGUCAUGCGCUUAGAGCGUGAACUGCAGACAUCGCACAGGGAAAGAGACACUCUGCAGAUGGAGCUCAACCUAGAGAAGGCGAGGAAUGAAUCGGAGAAAGUGCGAAUUGAAAGUGAGCACAAAAUGAGGCUGGAAGAGGUGAUCACAGAGAGGUUGGGCGCCCUUCAUGAAGAGAGCGCCCAGCACUUGUGCACCGUCAGGGAACAUCACAGGAAACAACUACUAGAACUGACUUCUCAACACGAAACUGAACUGUGCAGAGAGAUGUCCCAGUUCAAGUCUGAAUUACAGGAGCGGGAACGGCGUCACCGAGAGAUUGCUAUGGACUAUGAACUCAAGCUGUCUCGCUCAGAGGAACGCUGUCAGGAGCUGUCUCGUUCUCUACGCCGGCUGGAGAGUGAGAGAGCAGAAAUGUUGUCCCAGCUUCAGGAUGUUAUGAAGAGUCACUGGAGUCAGGCCCUACGAGUUCUCACGGCCAAGGUUCCAUCUGAGAGCUCCUCAAUCGCUAUACCUCAUCAGCAGACAGAGACUUCUGAACAGUGGGCAUCCCAGAUAACCAGAGACGGUGUCUAUGGUGAGGAGACCAGUAUCGGUGCAAGGAAAGGGAUAGUUGGAGGCGACAACCAUACCGGGGUCACUAGCCAGCAUGCGAAAGAAAGUAUCGGCACCCAAAAAGAGACUGAUGGACAUGUGCAGAGGAGCGGCCUUCAGACCAUUGCCAGCGGCAGCCAACAUGUUGAAGAUAGUCAGGGGAACAGACCGUCCGGCAGAAGAAAUCUCAUGGAUAGCAGUGGCUCAGACUUGAUUAACUUCAGCCGAAUUAUGGAUGAAAGAAGCCAAAGCAUCACUGGGUCAGGUUCUGUAAAGGAACCAAGCCUGAGAUUUAUGGGAGAUGGAGCACACAUGAGUAACAUGGCUGUCAUGGGUAACAAAACUGCUGUACAAGAUACCCCUAGUGAUACCCAGCUGAGUGCCAGUAUCGGCCAGGUAGGCAAAGUCCCAGGAACAGCAGAUACUUCCAGUCUCUUCAGUAAAGACGUCUUAAAGACCGACGACCUCCAAACCCUCCAGGAAAUUAUUGCUAGUGAGGCGAUAAGGAAAUAUAUUGCUAGAGAACUCCAUGGUCAGUCAAUGGGGGAGAAAAGCCAAACCUUGUUCUACCCGGAGUUGACCAGCUUAAAUAUUGGGACUGCUAAAAGCAAGAACACCAGCGGUCAAUCUGAGACACUUGCACCAAGAGAUGGUAGUGGCCACCAAAAACAUGAAAUCCAGUCAUCGGUGGGAAGAAGCCAACAGACGUCAUUUUCAGAGAAGAACAUCUUCGGCAGUGUUGGCAAUGGCCAAUUCUGGAGCUCUGGUGCCUCUUUUACUAGUGGUAAUGGCCAACCUCCAAACCUAAGAAGCUAUAAUACAGUCCAAAGCCAUAACUACGACCAUAACCAAAGCCAUAACCACGAUCAGAGCGGUACCAAUUGGACCCCGGCUGGUGGAGGUAGUCACUUAAAGGAAUCUGGUAACCCUGUUCCUCACCCUAAUCUAGGUCAGGCUCCUUUAUCUGUCCCUAACCUUAGUCCUAUAUCUAAGGUCCCUGUUCAAGGACACGGCCGUGAGUACAGAAUCCCCUCUGCAUAUCGUGAGAACCCAGUAAGUGGUCACCAACCAAGUCACUCGGUCACCAACCGAGCCACUGAGCCUGAAGAAAGUUUCUACCCAAUGCAAGUGGAAGAACUGAGUCACAGCUUCAGCAGCCAUCAUGGCUUUCUCCCACUGGAGCCACAUCCAGACCGCACAAUGUCUGCGAUCGGGUCCACAGCUCUCCCCCAAACUUCCCCAGAGCACCCCUUUCAUGAAGAGUCUUCCAUAACAGCGAGAGAGACCCCAGCAAACUGGGCAGGAAGUGACCAAUCCACCUCAAACCCAGUUCUGCAGUACUACAUACGCAUGUUACUUGAUCGCGCACCAGGAGACCCCCUGAAUGUUGUAGAUGAAGGUCUCUUUCAUGGGAACCAUGAUCUGUCCCAGUCUGUACAGAGCAGAGGAGACCAUCCCCUCCCCAGAUCAAAUGAUAAGGAGCAAGGGGUCUCCACGUGUCCGACCAGUCCCAAGAAGAUUCCUGCUAGAGGUUCAGAAGCUGUAAAGAAAGAGGUCCUCUCCAAUCAGCGUCGCCCCGGUCAAUCCAAACCUCUAAAGAGGGUGUCUGCACGAGGAGGAGGUCGUAGUGGGGUCUGGAAAUAGGAUUCGGGCUUGUUAAGUACUUUGGGUACAUUCUGUUCCCGUGAUGGUAGAAAACGGAACAACUAUCGUUUAUACAAUUCGCAUGGAACGGUGUUUACUAACAAGUGUGCCUCCAGCUGUUUUAACAGUGACAUCGAUGGACUGUCAGUUCGGCCCGUACCCUCCCGGUGCCAUGAUUAUCACAGUGCCUUAAAACAAUUCCUAUGUUUUUAUGUUGUGCCAUUAUUUUUCUUAAUGUUUUUAGUAUUGUUUUAUCAAAGCGUUGCUAUUUGUAUUUAUUAUUAUAAAAUGUAAAACAUUUAAUAAAUUAUUUUCUAAAUAAAA